GCGCAUGGCCACGGAGGUCGCACGAGCAUCCAUAGCGAGGAAUUCAUCCGACCCUCUUGCUUCGCCUAGGUCCAUUCCCGCACGCUUUCUUCUCCCAUAUCGUACUUUAUGACCUUGUUCCCACCGCCACAAUUCUUUGAACUCUACAUAACCUGUGCUCGGACAUAUCACUUCCCCAGAUACCACCUCCGAGAAUCCUAUUUAAUACGCCUCCAAUUUCCGAGAGUUUCAUAGCACCACCAUGCCGCCGUACAUGCCCACACAACAGGUCACAGCAGACUUUGACCUCUCCGUCCGUUUCACGCUGGACAACCUCGGAGAGCUCCUGCUCUAUCCUGACGAUGGGCCCGAGCCCGAAGCACGCAUGAGUUCAAUAUUCUGGCCUGGGCUAAAGUUCAGGAUGUCCCCGGUGACGGAAGGAUCUUCAAAACAGCGCAAAUGCCGUCUCUCAUUGUAUAUGCUUCCUGGAGACACCAUGCCGCCCUUCACGAUGCACGUCACCGCGACACUGCAGUCUCUCUCGGGGUGUGCAUACCCGACAAAACCGCUCCGCAGGCAGGCCACCAUCGAGCAUGGCCGCGCGAGCAUUGGCACUCUGCUCUCACUGAGCAUGUUCGAAUCCUCGGAGACGAUGCAGGCCGAGGACGCGGUGGUCGUGCAUGUUUCGAUGCGCUCCGCCAGCUCUCCGCCCUCUCUCCGCUCACAGCCGACGCUCAACCUGAUACACCGCGUGCUGACCGCGCAGCCGGCGUCCAAAAUGAGGUUCAUCGUGUUCCGCAGGCGGGACUCGACAGGCCACCUGAGCUCUCCCCGAGAAUUCCAUGCCGAUAUGAAUGAACUCGCGUCAUACUUCAUGGGUCACGAUGGUCUGCUCGAAGUGACUGACCGCAUAGAAGGCUUUGAGCUUCCCAGAGGCGCGAGCCUUGGUGAUUACAGCCUCGUGAAUGACGGACAUGACAGUGAUAGCGACUUUGAGCCAGAUGAGGAGGAAGAUGACGAAGACGCGGACAUUGUCGUGGUCAAACGCGACUGCUCGGAUGAUCUCCCGCUGCAAAAGCAUCGAGAAACGCAAUUGAUUCAUGAUUCUCCUGCAGAUUCUCUAGUCAUGCAGGACAGUCUCAUCCAAAAUAGUGUUCAUAACGACCUAGAUGAAUCAGUGCAAUCCACAACCGGCUCUUUCCGCCUGGUCCACCACAAGCGGGAGGAAGGCAGCCACUUAUACUCAUACUCAACUUUCGAUGGGCAGACAUUUGUCCUGCUCGGUACCGCAUCGCGGACGUGGGAAGCUCUACUGUACUAUCUAUACACAGGGAGCAUCGACUUUGCCCCGCUGCAGCCACAAAAAUCAUCACGCCGGGCAAUUUCCUCUUCCUUACCAUUCCAAAAUGGAACCACACAAAAGCCCGGCCCCGUCUCGUGUCGGUCCAUCUACCGCCUAGCCUACAAGCUCGGGCUGGAGGACCUGCGCAAACAUGCUUUGCAAUACCUCAUCUCGCAGUUAUCGCCAGAAACGGUGCUCACGGAGGUGUUCAGCGAGUUCACCGCGCGGUAUGAGGAGGUGAAGGAGAUGGAGCUCGCGCUCGUCGUGCAGUACUGGGAUGCGCUCAAGGCGUCCGCGGCCUUCAAGCGGAAGAUGGUCGAGGUGACCAACGGCAGCGUGCCCCAUGCGGCGGAUGUCAUUUCUGAGAUUAUGCUGAGAGUUUCUGCGAGGCAGGCUUAGGUCUGCAUUGUUUUUGAGGACGGAUGGGACAUUUCUUGGUUGCUUGCUUGUAUGUGCUCGUUCUCUACGGGCGGACUUGGAUCAGACGAUCAUCAUGUACAUCAUUCAUCUUAUUUCUUGACGACAUAAUACUAGACGCAAUACUAUUACACAAUCCGCGUAGCAAAAUGGAUUUUCGCGUUCCGAUCUCAAGCACCAUUCUUUUCAUCUUGCCAAUGCACUCAAGUGAGUUUGGCUAGAGGACAACUGAAAG